ACUGCCGUCAAAUAUGAAUUGGGAACGUGUUUUAGGCAUAACCAAUGCUUUUUUGGUACUCACCGGAUUUCAGCUGCACAGCUUUGAGUCCAAAACACAACGGUAUCACAUUUCCCUGUGGAGUCUUGUAAAUUUCGUGGUACUCACGCUGUUCUACAUCGUCUGCAUUAAUCAGCACUUCAUGCACUCACCACUUUUGAAGAUUUUCUAUGACGUGUCUCCGUUUUUCUGGCAACUAAUACGCGCCCAUCUGAUGCUGGGAGUUAAGAUCUAUAUAUUUCGCUUGUUUUCAAUGGCUGCAGUGGGACGUGCAUGUAAUGGUAUUUCCAGCGUUUGCAACCGUGUGUUUGCGCAUAAAUUCAGUUUGGAGGAGGUAUUUGCUUACUUCUUGGUAUACUCAACAUUCGGGAUAUCACUUUGCUUUGCUGCGUAUAUUGCUUAUGAGAUGGAAUUCAAAUUGCCGCCUUGGGAUAAUAUUUUCAUAAGUUUUGGAUUAUUUAUUCCACAUUUCGCGCUAGCCGGUGCCCUAAAGCUAUACACACUGAAUUGUUGGUUGUUGCGCGAGGAGUUGCGACAGUUGAAAGUGGGUUUGCAAGACAUGCUAAUGGAGCAUUUAACAACCGACGUGAAAAUCGUGGAAAACGGUAUUGAAAUGACAGCAAGUGUCAGCACCACGAAUGCGUGUGUCAAGAUGCCGGCGAAUAAUUUGCAAAAGGAAUUGGCGCAAUACCAUGAGCGAUUUGAGGAGGUAGCCGCCGAAGUGGAGCUUGUGAGCGGCGCAUUGAACAAAGAAAUGCUGCUGCUGUUGGUGAUGAAUAGCACCUGUCUGCUGGCGGGUGUUUACUCACUUGUGUACUUUCAAACCAGUUGGCACUUAUUUUUCUCUCCACCUUGGAAACGUAUUUUCUAUGCUAGUAAUAUAGCUAUUUAUGUGCUUAUCUCCUGGGAUUAUAUCUGCUUGUGCACCAGUGUAUGGUUGCUCAACAAAGUGAAAAAUCAAAUACUUGAUGUUGUGCAAGUAGCUAUAAAGUCGAAAACACGUUUUGAGAAGGCCGCUCGUACUCUACUAAAGGAUAUACGUAACGUGUUAUCCAUUGAGCUGCGAUUGACUUUGUUCAACUUGGCGGAAGUAAACGCGUGGAGUUUAAUUAUGGUGCACGUCGUCGUUGGCUUAAUAAUAUCGCUAGUCGUCGUUUAUCAAUACUUGAAUGAUCAAAUUGUUUUAAUACAAGCUCAGCUGGAUACUGAUGACGGCGAUUAUUAGAAUUUAUUGGUUUAUUGUUAG